AUGGCCAAACGCGCUUUACGGGCAUUUUGGACUAGGUCGCCACUCAGCCGCAAACAACCUACGAUAUUUUGCGGUACGAGUACUGAGUUACACCCAGAUGUCCCCAUUGAAGAAGAGAUAGUACCUGGUUACCAAGCAAGCCACUAUUUCCCUGUUAGGCCUGGCUACAUUUUCAAUCAGAGGCGAAAUUGGCAGGCUGAGCGCUACCUGACUCUAAAGGUCGGCAAUAACAACUUCAAGGAUGCAGAACAAGCUGCUCAUGAGCUUAAUAUCGAACGCCAUAUUGACAGCAUUGUUUGCCGCCAUGAUGGCCGUAAUUAUGUUCGGACGUUUCUUGAACAGUUCGAGGAAAGAGGCCCACGUGGGAUGCAUGUAUGCCUGGGAUAUGAACCCAUGAGGGAGCCUCUAUGGCUUUUUCAAUCACGUCUCCGAAAUAAGAGGUUUCCCCUCGGUCUUCUGAAAGGUUACGUGAAGCUUCUUUUAAAAGGUCUAGAUUACCUACACACUGAAUGCAACAUCAUUCAUACAGACCUAAAGGUAGAAAACAUUCUCGUCGGAUUUGAAGAGCCGUCAGUGCUGGAGGACUUUGCAUUACUGCAAGCACAAAAUCCUAUGCCUCACAAAUCAAACAAUGGGAGUACGGUCUAUCUCUCACAUAACGACUUCGGGCCGGUGAGGUCUUACUACAUUCUACCUAAAAUAACAGACUUUGGCCUUGCACACCGUCAAAAAGAUCCAUCAUUACUGAACAGACAUCCAAUUCAACCUGACCAUUAUCGGGCUCCGGAGGUUAUUCUAGGGGCUGGAUGGACGUAUAGCGCGGAUAUUUGGAAUCUGGGGCUGCUGAUGUGGAAUUUACUUGAGUCUCGGGAUCUCUUUACUUCGCCACUUGAUGCUCAAGGGAACUACCAUCCUGAAGCCCAUCUUGCGGAGAUGAUAUCUCUCCUUGGUCCGCCUCCUAAAGAAUUAAUCGACCGCGAGAGAGAUGGAAUAAGCUGGAAGUGGGCUCCCGCUGCCCAAAAUGAGUCAGGAAAGAUGUGCAAUACGGCGUCUGAGUGGUAUGGAGGUCCAUUCUUUGGGGAAAACGGGGAGUUUCUCCACAAAAGUGCCGUAUCUCAGGACCUCUGUCUCGAAGAUACAGUGACAUGCCUCGAGGGGGAGCAAAAGGAUCAAUUUUUACUGUUUGCAAGAAAAAUGCUUCGGUGGCUUCCAGAAGAUAGGAAAACAGCAAAAGAGCUUAUUGAAGACCCUUGGCUUAGCGAUGAGUCGAUCAAAAGAGGGGGGGCUUGA